AUGGCAAGUGGUGCGGCAAGUUAUCUCCUCUUGCUCUGCGCGACGACAGUAGAGGCUCUCGUGCUCUCUCCCUCCCCCUCCCUCUCCCUCCGCUCCAUCACAGUCUCUCCUGGCUCCCCCCCUUCCAGGAGGACAGGCCUGACUUCUUUGCGGGCACAUGCUGACCUCCCCUCGCUCGCACAGGCAGUACAGAACCUUAAUGUAGACUCCCUCCUCCUCCUCUCGGCAGAUGCAGCAGGCAAGGCAAAGGAGUUCAAACCCGAGUAUGCGCAAGAGUCCUACUACGCCACCCUGGGCCUCUACCUCAUCUCCCUCCCAGGCGCCUGGUCUCUGAUCAAGCGCUCAGUCGAGUACAAGCCCGUCAAUAAGGUUUAUGAGACCAAGGGCCCGUCAGCUGGGAAGGAGGUUCGUCAAACAGCAGCGGAGAUCACGGCCUACUUUCGCGCCAUGAACUUCGCGCCAGAGCCGUCACAGGGCACCAUCACCUUCCGCGGGACGAUGGGGAAGAGCAAGGGCCAGGCGUUCUUCCUCAGCUUCUGCACAUUCCUCAGUCUUGCGAGCUUGGCUCUUGUCUUGACCGUCCAGUUUCCUCUGGUUGAGGUUUCGGAGUUUUCCCCCUACUGGUACAUGACGCUCGCGUCUCCCUUGGCGGGCUUCUACUACUGGGCCAAGGCCUCCAAGGACGUCACUGUUGAAGUGAAGCUGGAGGAGUCGGAGGAUGGAAGCAAGUGCGAGAUCAGCACGCUGGGAAGCAAGGAGGAGCUCGAGAGGUUUUGUGAGGCCCUCAACUUCAACGAGAAAGGAAAGAUUCGCGUCCCAAGCCUGAUGGAGAAUCUUUCCAGCCUGAAGGAAUAA